AUGAUUAUAAACACUUACAAAACCAAAAUUGCUCAAAAUCCAGAAAUUAAAAUGCUUCAUCUUAAAAAAAUUAUAUCAACUGAACUCGGUAUUGGAAUGUCUACAAUAUACCAAACAAUUUUAGAGUACAAACGGACGAAAACCAUCUCAUCACCAAAUAAAACAAAAAUAUUUAAAAGCAUAAAAGAUAAAGUUGACGAAUUCGAUAAAUAUGCUAUCAGGCGAAAAAUACAUCAAUUUUGGUUUAGACGUGAGUUACCGACUCUAGAUAAAAUUUUGUGUGUCAUAAAUGAAGAUGUCGAUUUGCCUAAUUUUUCACGCUCCUCGCUCCAUAGAUUAUUAGGAUAUAUGGAUUUCGAAUUUGUUAAACGUGGUCGAAAUUGCGCAAUGAUUGAGCGUAAUGAAAUUGUUGUUUGGCGGAGAAAAUAUUUAUUGGAUAUUCGGAGAUAUCGUGAGGAGGGUCGGCCAAUAUACUAUUUAGACGAAACUUGGGUAAAUGCUGGUGACGUACCGAGUAAAGUUUGGUGCGAUAAAUCAAUCAAAUCUGCGAGAGAUGCAACAAAUAAAGGUCUUUCAACGGGAGCAGUAAAUCCUAGUGGAAAGGGGAAACGCCUGAUAGUUUGCCAUAUCGGGUCGGAAGAUGGAUUUGUUUCUGACAGUCUUCUGUGCUUUGAGUCUAAGAAAAACACCCAAGACUAUCACGAUGAAAUGAACGGUGAUUGUUUCCGUGAUUGGUUGGAAAGUGUUUUACCUAGACUCAAAGAUAACGCAGUAAUUGUCAUGGACAACGCUCCGUACCAUUCGGUGAAACAGGACAAAUGCCCAACGAGAAACACCAGUAAACCUAAAAUUAUUGAAUGGCUCGAGAGCAAAGGAGAGGUUAUUAGUAGACCAAUGGUUAUUCCAGAGCUUCUUUUGAUUGUGGACAGGCUGAGACCUUUGUAUAAUAAAUAUGUAAUUGAUGAACUAGUCAAAAAACAAAACAAAACGAUUCUUCGACUGCCACCUUACCACUGCGAGUUCAAUCCUAUUGAGCUCGCAUGGUCCAGUGUAAAAAACCAUGUGAGGAUGAACAACAAAACCUUUAAGCUAAACGACGUAAAACAAUUACUAAUAGAAGGCGUAGAAAGAGUUAAUGCCGACAUGUGGAAAAACUUCAUUAAGCAUACUAUAGAAGAGGAGGAAAAGUUUUUGAAAAUGGACUUUGUGGUGGAUGAAUUGAUGGCUGAAAAAGAACCAUGUGUUUUAAAUGUUGAAACUGAUGACUCGGACGAUUUUGACGACGUUAGACCUUUAUCAGAAACUGAUGAAUAA